GCGGUCUCGCAUCGCCAUUCCAACUCCAACCAUCAAACGGAGAGGACCACCGACCUCCUUCGUCCCCACCGACAGACAAGGAGGAGCUUUGGACAAAUUCAUACGGCGUCGCAUAUAAGAGCGAGGUCCGGUAUGGAGGACAGUGCAGUCUUCCACGUCGCGUUGGUGCUGGUGGUCAGCCUGGCCGCAGUCACACAUGCAGCACCAUUUUCCAGUAGUGACCUCCAGCAACGACAGACCGACCUUUCUGCACUUUUCCAUUCAUCUAAAGGAGGUAUGAUCGGUCCUUUGUUCCGCGACGACGAGCUCAGUUUGGCUUCAGGUGAUGGAGGUUGCUACUACCAGUUCCAGCACUACGACGAGGGGGACAGGAUUAUCACCAAUGAACCUUGCCUCAACUGUACUUGCCAUAACUCUAUGCUCAUGUGCUACUUGAAGGUAUGUCCAUUCAGCAAGCCUAUCGGACAAGACUGUACUGUUGAGAAACGACCAGAUCAGUGCUGCCCUGUGAUCACCUGUCCUCAAGUUCCAGUGAAUCUCCAGGUAAUGCAGAUGACCUCCACAACAACCGCUGCCCCACCUGCCCCAACCACUGCAAUGGUUCCUUACACCGAACACGGCUGUACCAUAGAGGGAAAAUAUUACCCGGAUGGUGCUCAGGUUCCCGGUGUACCAGGAAAGCCAUGCGAGUUGUGCUAUUGUAUUAGAAACCACACAGCGUGCGUUAUGCAGGAAUGUAUUCUCAUGGUCCAUGGUUGUGACCCCGUUUUUGAAGAUGGAGUUUGUUGCCCAGCUCGUUACAAGUGUGCUCACGACGAAGAGACAGGACUUGCAACCACGACCAUGGUUCCUGCAACCGCCGCCAAUGGAAGCGUCAUACUUCCCACAACAACCGUACAACCGAUGCCAGUAGGAUGCAUGCACAAAGGCGCAUUCUAUGAAGACGGUGCUCUGAUUCCUUCAGAAGACCCAUGCGAACACUGCUACUGUAUGAAGAGCGAUCUCGUGUGCGCCAUUCAGGAAUGUAUGUCUCCCUUGGAUGAGAUGCAAGAGAGCUGUACUCCUCGGCCAGCUCCUCCUGGCCAGUGCUGUCCUGAGGCUUAUGAUUGCCCUGAGCUCCCAGAAAUCACUACGAUCACACUUGAUUAUUCAAGUCUCCCCUCGACUACCGAAAGCGUCACUUCAGACACUGAUGAAGUUACUGCUGAAAUUAGUACUGAUGCUCCUACUGCUGGGACAGAUACAGCAUCAACUGACAUUCCCUCAACUGACAUUGAUGAAACAUCUGAUGUUCCAGCUGUUGAGACUGAUGUUGAUGAAACUUCAGAUACCCCUAUUGUUGAUACUGAUGGAACAGCAACUGAUGAAUCUACUGAGGUUCCCUCUGUUGGGACUGAUGAAACUUCAGAUGCUCCCGCCGUUGAUAUUGAAGAAAUAGGAACAGAUAGUCCUACUGCUGUGGAUGUUGAUGAAACAGCAACUGAUGCUCCUGCUGUAGAUGUUGAAGAAACGGCAACUGAUACUCCUGCUGUAGAUGUUGAAGAAACGGCAACUGGUGCUCCUGAUGUAGAUGUUGAAGGAACAGGAACUUAUGCUCCUGAUGUAGAAGUUGAAGAAACGGCAACUGGUGCUCCUGAUGUAGAAGUUGAAGAAACGGCAACUGGUGCUCCUGCUGUAGAUGUUGAAGAAACGGCAACUGGUGCUCCUGCUGUAGAAGUUGAAGAAACAGGAACUUAUGCUCCUGAUGUAGAUGUUGAUGAAACAGCAACUGGUGCUCCUGAUGUAGAGGUUGAAGAAACAGCAACUGGUGCUCCUGAUGUAGAUGUUGAAGAAACGGCAACUGAUGCUCCUGCUGUAGAUGUUGAAGAAACAGGAACUGAUGCUCCUGCUGUAGAUGUUGAAGAAACGGCAACUGAUGCUCCUGCUGUAGAUGUUGAUGAAACAGCAACUGAUGUUCCUACUGUAGAUGUUGAAGAAACGGCAACUGGUGCUCCUACUGUUGAGACUGAUGAAACUUCUGAGGCUCCCUCUGUUGAGACUGAUGAAACAGAAACUGAUGGAACUGCAACAGACGUUCCAACUAUUGACACUGGUAUAACCACAGAGACUGCUACCGUCGCACCAGAAGAAAGCACUAUGUGUUAUGUCAAUGGUACAAGCUACAGUAAUAAUAGUGUUAUCCCUGCGUAUACCCCUUGUCAAGACAGCUGUCGAUGCAUUAAUGGUGCUGUUUCCUGUAAACUAGUGGCUUGCCCGCCUGCACCACCAGCAUUCCUCAGAUGCACCUCAGCUCCUGUUGAAGGAGAGUGUUGUCCAAGCCACACAUGCCCACCAGUCAAGCCAGAUACAACAGAGACCCCUGGAUGCAUCAGUGAUGGUGUUCAAUAUUAUGACGGAGAAUUUGUGCCUAGUUCUGAUCUAUGUUCGGACUGCUACUGUCUUGGUGGUGAAGUCAUCUGUGCAAUCCUUGAAUGUCCUCAACCCAAGGGUCAAAAUUGUACCGCAGUAGAACGACCUCCUGGAAGCUGCUGCCCAACAAAAUAUGAAUGUGAUGAAGUUGAUAUGCCGGACUCUUUAAGCCAAGUAACAGAUGCAGAUUCAGAGGGCAAGGUAACUCCAUCUUCCACUUUUACUAUUGGUAUGGACGAAAGUCAUACAGAAGCUACAUCCCAGGCUGGUGAAGAUGUGACAUCUACAAAGGCCCCAGUAGAUGGAGAAGUUGAGGAACCAGUAACACCAGCUAGUACUGAUGGGGAAGUUCCUGUUGAAAGCACACUCUCAACUGGUUCGCCUGAUGACAUGAUGACUGGUCCAGUGAUAGGACUAGAAACAAGAACAACAGCCCCUGAUGACUACAGUGUUCUUACUACACCUAUGACAACAAUUACUGAGGAUGUCUCAACUCAAACAGAAAGCCCAGUUGAUCAAACUUCUGUUGAUAUCAUAGAUGAAACUACAAUUAUCUUGACUGACACUGAUACAGCAACUACUAGCAUCCCUGAGAUUGAUCUUGAUACUACAGUUAUGGAGACAGCAGACAAAACCACAGUUACCCCUGCAGUUGAAGCUACUUCAGAGGUUCCUAUUGUUGAUGAAACAAUCCCAGCAGCAGCUACUGAUGUUCCUGAAGAUAAGGAACCAACCACAGAGACACCAAUUGCAAUUGAAACAGGAACUGAUAUCCAAACAGGUGAUCAAAUAUCCACUGAUGUACCUACACUAGGUGAAGUAACAACAGAUGUUGAUGAAACAGCUACAAGUAUUCCUGACACAGAUGGAUCAGAUACUGUUACAGACAUCCCAGAGGAUGUGAUUUCAACAGUCAGCCUUCCUGAUAAGGAAGGUAUUCCAGGUGAGGGAAGUUGUAUGGCUAAUGGAACUACUUAUGCAAAUGGAGACACAGUACCAGCUUCAAGGCCAUGUCACCAGUCAUGUACCUGCAAGAACAGUAUAGUGUCAUGUGAGCUGCAAGCCUGUCCUCCCCCACCUCCAGCAUUCUUGCGUUGUGCUCCUGUGGAAGAUACAGAGCAGUGUUGUCCUUCGUAUGACUGUCCUACCAUAGAACCUGAUACCACAGAAUACCCAGGAUGCUUAAGAGAUGGAAUACAGUAUCUGGAAGGAGAAUAUGUUCCGAGUCCAGACAUUUGUACUGACUGUUAUUGUCUCAGUGGGGAAAUUAUUUGUGCAGUCCUUGAGUGCCCUGUGCCUGCUGGUGCAAACUGCAAACCAAUGUCUAGAGCAACAGACAGCUGCUGUCCUUCAAAAUAUGAGUGUGAUGACUUGGAAACAGCCACUGAUGCAGUCAAUCAAACAGCUACUGAUGUCCCAGUUGUCGUCGAUCAGACAGCCACUGAUGCCCCAGUUGAUGAGACAGCCACUGAUGCCCCAGUUGAUCAGACGGUCAUAGUUGAUCAGACAGCCACUGAUGCCCCAGUUGAUCAGACAGCCACUGAUGCCCCAGUUGAUCAGACAGCCACUGAUGCCCCAGUUGAUGAGACAGCCACUGAUGCCCCAGUUGAUGAAACAGCCACUGAUUCCCCAGUUGAUCAGACAGUCAUAGUUGAUCAGACAGCCACUGAUGCCCCAGUUGAUCAGACAGCCACUGAUGCCCCAGUUGAUCAGACGGUCAUAGUUGAUCAGACAGCCACUGAUGCCCCAGUUGAUGAGACAGCCACUGAUGCCCCAGUUGAUGAGACAGCCACUGAUGCCCCAGUUGAUCAGACAGCCACUGAUUCCCCAGUUGAUGAGACAGCCACUGAUGCCCCAGUUGUAGUUGAUCAGACAGCCACUGAUGCCCCAGUUGAUGAGACAGCCACUGAUGCCCCAGUUGAUGAGACAGCCACUGAUGCCCCAGUUGAUGAGACAGCCACUGAUGCCCCAGUUGAUGAGACAGCCACUGAUGCCUCAGUUGAUCAGACAGCUACAGUCGAUCAGACAGCCACUGAUGCCCCAGUUGAUCAGACAGCCACUGAUGCCCCAGUUGAUGAGACAGCCACUGAUUCCCCAGUUGAUCAGACGGUCAUAGUUGAUCAGACAGCCACUGAUGCCCCAGUUGAUCAGACAGCCACUGAUGCCCCAGUUGAUGAGACAGCCACUGAUGCCCCAGUUGAUGAGACAGCUACCGAUGUCCCAGUUGUAGUUGAUCAGACAGCCACUGAUGCCCCAGUUAAUGAGACAGCCACUGAUGCCCCAGUUGAUCAGACAGCUACCGAUGUCCCAGUUGAUGAGACAGCUACUGAUGUCCCAGUUGAUCAGACAGUUACCGAUGUCCCAGUUGUAGUUGAUCAGACAGCCACUGAUGCCCCAGUUGAUCAGACAGCCACUGAUGCCCCGGUUGAUCAGACAGCUACUGAUGCCCCAGUUGUAGUUGAUCAAACAGCUACUGGUGUCACAGUUGUAGUUGAUCAGACAGCUACUGAUGCCCCAGUUGAAAUUGAUCAGUCAACCACUAAUGUUACAACUGAAGUUGAAACAGCCACUGAAGCCCCAGCUACUGAUGCCCCAGUUGUUUCUAUUACAACAGAAAGUGAUAAGGAAGGAGCUGUUGAUUUGUCAGAGAACUGUAUGGUUCAAGGUUCAAUGUAUUAUGAUGGUUCCAUUGUUCCUGCAUCUUCUGCAUGCCAGGAAAAUUGCAGAUGUACCAAUGGAACUGUCAUGUGUGAACGUCCAUCCUGCCCCCCAGCUCCCCCUGCUUUCCUCAGGUGUUCUCCCAUCCCUCCUGAAGAUAGUUGCUGUCCAACAUAUGACUGCCCUCCCAUCAUAGACCCUACAGUCACAGAGGCACCUCACUGUGAAAAAGAUGGUUCAGUAUACAAUGAUGGUGAUUAUGUGCCUAGCCCAAGCGAAUGCACAGACUGUUAUUGUCUAGGAGGCGAAAUUAUUUGUGCCUAUUUGGAAUGUGUUGCACCAGGAGAAAAUUGUACACCUGUUUCACAGUCGAAUAACUCUUGUUGCCCUGACAAAUAUGAAUGUGCUGAUGUGCCUGAGAGCUUAGUGUCUACAACAAUCUCACCUAUUGGAGCUUCUGCUACAGAUGUAGCCAAUGGAACUAGCCAAAGUACUGUAAUACCUGUAACUGAGAUUAUUUCUACUAUCAGCACUGUGGUCCCAGAGACUGAAUUCAAACCAUCAAGUACCUUCCCAUCUGUUGCUACUGAUAAGCCAGAAACUGAGUCUUCCGAUGCUCCAGUUACCACAAGUCCUGAGGGUAUAGAGAUCUCCUUCCCCACAGACAGGGUAACCACUGAUGCUGAUGCAGUCAGUUCUGUCAUUACAGAGGCUUCCAUUGCUACAGAUGGUUUAGAAACCGAGUCACCAGGCAUCACUAUUUCCUCCUUUGUAACUGAAGCAACAUCUGAGGGUGUAGUAUCAGAUGUAACUGACCCAUCUGUAACCCCAAGUGUUACAAGUACAUCAAGCUUAGAUAUUACAACCACCACAGAAUCAGUUCCCAGUUCCGGUGAACCUAUGCUAACUGAAGCUUCAGUUGCCACUGAAGAACCAGAGACUGAAGCUACAAUUGGCAUUGUUGUUGAUAUUACAAGUUCCCCUACAGUUGCAUCUUCAUCAGUCACAAGUGUUACAUCAGUCACAGACUCACCCCUUACAGAACCCACUGAUUCUGGCUAUGCCACUGAGGCAACUAUUUCUGUGACAGAAUCUACCUCUGUUACUGAUGCUGAUGUACAAAUAAGUACAGAGAAGCCUGGAGUUACUGACAGCAUUGAAGGUCAAGUGACAACUAAAUCAACAGAAUCUACAUCAGAAUACCCAGGAUCUUCUGAAACAACUUCAGCAGAGAUUCUAGUUUCAACAGAAGUAUCAUCACAAACUGCAUCGGAAGUACCAACUGAAGUAACAGAUAUUCCAGUUUCCACAGAAUUACCUUCAGUUUCAGCAUCAACAGAAGUUCCAUUCUCAACUGAGUCAGCUGCACCACAAGUGACUACAGAAGUAUCAGCAACAACAGGAGCAGCUGGAGAAACCUCAGUAUCAACUGAAACAACAUCAACAGUUUCUUCUGUAACAUCUGCAUUAUCAACUGAAGCUCCAUUCCCCCCCUUCCCUGGUACAACAUCUUCUGUCUACCCUAAGCCAGAAACAACCACCUGGAAACCAUCAACUACCACAGAGCUCAUUAUCGGCCCAGGAGCUUGUGUCUUUGAUGGUGAAGUAUACCUCUCUGCACAACAAAUCCCACGAGAUGACCCAUGUGACUUUUGUUUCUGCUUCCGUGGAGAUAUCAUCUGCUUGCAACAGUCAUGUCCUCCACCGAUCCCUGGGUGUUAUGAAGAAGCAAUUCCUGGGUUCUGCUGUCCACGUUACGAGUGUCCAGUCACUCAGGCAGUGGUUAACAUUACUACUACCACCACACCUAUCCCUACUUAUCCACCUGUCCAGAAGGUGGAAGAGUUCACUGUGUGUGAAAUUGGCGGUCGUUUCUACCACCCUGGCGAGCUCGUAGAAGAAGCUUCUGGACCUUGUCUUGAGUGCAGGUGCGGAAAGGACGGCAUGAUGGAAUGCGAGCCCCGUGAGUGCCGAGCAGAACCUAUGCUUCGCAAAAUCUUGGGCACAAAGGGCAGCUUAUAUAGUCGGUGAAGUCCCUUAAUCGAAGUGGCUUCCCGCUCUCAUGUCUACUACAUUUACCCUAUCCAUGAGCGGUGACUCAGGAUUCACUAUGAAAACACGUCGCUUGUGCUUCCUUGCUUGGCUCUGUGUCUUUAUACACUGAGCACGGGAAAUGGCAUUAAACCAAUAUGUCGCAUGAUUAAUAUGACGUUGUUUCCAUAGGAGUGAACGUGCCCAGUUUCUAUCAUAAGUAAUUCCUAUUUCUUUGAUCCCUUCCUGUAGCUCUUAGGGUAGCUCUCCGUGACCAUAACGCUCAAACAGCAAGUCUGUGUUAAUAAAGAGAAGUGCGAGUCCUGAAUGAGGGGAGAUAAGUUAGUGUAAUGGUAGUGCCAAUGUGUUCUGUAAGUGUCCCCUGUGUGUUGUAUGUGCCACAUCAGGUGCUUUUCUAUCAGAACAGCUUAGUCAGUAUUAUUCGGCAUACAGUAUUUUCAAUUAGUAUUUAUCUACUUUAGUCUCAUUUCAUAUAGCUCUCCUGUAUAUUUUUUCGAUGGCAUUAACGCUCAUCUACGUGGCAUUAUUCUAAUUCACUUCUUGGUGGCAUUGAUAACACACAGACUUCUAGUUGGACUGAUACAUGCUUUAUAGAGUCGACGAGUUAGAGGUUAGGAAGCUUAUUUUCAUGUGAUUAUGCCUAUUCAGAUGCAUUCCUCCCUUGCUCAGUUAAAUGAACAAGGCCUUGAAAUCUGCUUAAAACCUUCUUUCCGUAAUUUCUACAUUUCAUGAGAGUAAUGCAAAAUAUUUAACAUACUAAUUAUGCUUCGAGAAUGAUCAAAUAAUAUGGAGAGAAAUAAUACGCUUGCUACUUCACAUGUAAGAAACAUAUUGCAAAGAGUACUAACAUUAUAGGUUACUCACGUCGACUGCUUUACAUAUCAGGUGAGUAAUUGUCAAUAAACUCCCUGGCUUGUUAGAACCGGCUUCCUUAAACAUUAACAUUCUGUGAAGCUAACUAGGCUCGAUAUAAUAAAUUAGUAUAGAUUACCUUUUGGGCAUUAAAGUGAAAUUAUCUCAUAAAACCGGUGUGAUAAUUGGCAUUAGAUUUAUCUUGGAGCAGGAGUAACUUACCUUUUAAAAGACUUGGUUACACUAAAAUUUGUGCAGUAAUGGCCGGUGAUCCAACAAUGCACAUUAAAUGGAUCAUGUUAGCUUUAACAGACACUUAUCGGUAGCUGGUGAUUAAAAUGUAUUUACUAUGGAAUGCUGACAUGCUGUGUGUGCUACCAAAUCUGCCGUAACAAGUACUUUUAGGUACCUAGCUAGAGAGUACUAUCCAGAGUAAUUUAUUCAUAUCAUGCAGUUUAUUUGAAUGCACAAUCAGGAACCACAGUUCUCUGGUGAUUGCUGAAAGUUGCAUCCUUAUGGAUUUUUAUAGCAUCUCGCUAACUCGUUUAAAUUGGUCCUUUUCUGUAAUAGGUGCCAAACCACUCUGUCAAUAUGUCUUAGUCAAGGCGGCCAAAUACUUGAACUGCACUAAAAAAAUUGUUUUCUUUCUUUUUCGUAUACUGUAUACGCAAAUGUGAUAUAAAACACCGUAGUAGAUCCUAAAUAUGAAAGUUAGAACAGCUAGAUAUGAAAUUCUUAGACCAGUAAAUUGCAAUAUAACCACCUUCUGGUAACAUUGUAAAAUAUAUAUACUGGUACAUAUAUACAUAUAUGAAUUUGCGGGCAUAUUAUAUAUAUAUAUAUAUAUAUAUAUAUAUAUAUAUAUAUAUAUAUAUAUAUAUAUAUAUAUAUAUAUAUAUAUAUACGCACACAAACGUUACUGACACAAUAUAUGAUUAAAUGGAUGCACCUGCUGUGCAGAUUAGUUUUCAAAUGGACUAUUCAAGAGUGAAAGAAAUGACCCAAAUCUAGUGCCUUUCAAGAUUUCUGCCAUGUCACCUUGGAUAUCACUUGCCUGAGAUUUCUGAGCACGACCGCAAGGAAUGAUUUGCCGGUGAUUACCAGGGUGUUGCGCCUAUGGGAAUAAGGCUGGCAUGUGUAAUAUUAUAGACAUUAGAGCCUUUCCAUGGACACGGCUGCCAGAGCAAGUCUCUGAUAUCAGGACGUCUCCAUAGAUAAAUCCACCAACGGAUCUAUAUCUCAAUGUUAGAUGUUUUAGCAAUAUUUCCUAAAAAGAAUUUGUAACUCUUUGGCACUAAUAUAUUUAUCUAUUACUUAGUAGUAACAAAUCAUUAUCAUCAAACUGACAUUCAGAUAAAUCCGUCUCAUUUCUCUCGGUGGAUUUUGAAGCAUGUAUGUUUUACGUGCACUCAACUAGAUUUUAGAUUAGAACUGCCAUGGUCAAGUCACUGCCGUGGAUUAUACACCUGCAGUGACUAUGGUAUUGCGCAGUUCAGUGUCCAAGAAACAGUAUUCUUGAAAAUGUGAUUAUAUUUAAGCACAUUUGUAUUAUUUAUUCUGAGGUAGCAUUCCUCUAUGCAUUUACAAUAGUUUUUUUUUUUAGUUUUUGUUUUUGUUUUUGUUUUUUUUGCCUGUACAGCUAUUUCAUCUGUAGUGAAGAAUAUUGUACCCAAUCUAAGCUUUUUUAUUUGUAUAAAAUGUGAAUAAAUGAAGAAAGCCAA